AUGCUCCAGAUCUUGGUCGGCCUAUGCCUCGCAGCCUUUGCGCUGCCAUCUGUCUGUGAUGAAGCAGCGCUGAGCGCAGACGAUCAGUGCAAUGAGGGGCAAGACUGCGCUCUCAGUGCACUGCAGUCGAGAGCUCAGGUUCGUACCAUGACGCCAACUUUGCCGUCUGCAAGUGAGCAGGCUGCACCUGACGGGAUGUUUCCGCCAGCUCCAGGCAACGUCUAUGCCGUGAACAAGACCGCCCUACCUUGGAAGGAUGGUUCGCUGAACUCCCCCAGUGGCGCCCCCCUCUUCACCUUCUACAUGUACCGCGCAGUGUCAGACGAAGUCUACCCGCCUUUGAACACCAACGUUGCCAGCUUGCCGGGCGUCCUGUGGUAUCUCCAUCAUGAGGUCGUCAUUCAAGCACCCCGCAAGUUCCAAAUCUCGCGCAUCCUGCGCUACAAGGUGCAGAUGCGCGCCACCGCACCGCUUCUUCGGCUUGGAAUGCACUUUGGUGUGCGGCUGGCCUACGACAAGGGGCAAGCCACGGGCCCAUUUGUGUGUGGGCGCACGAACAUCACCAACAAGGACGGGACCACAGAAGGUUACAAGCCAAAGUUCUGUGGUGAUGCUGCUGCAUUCGCGGAUACGUAUCUCGAAGAUAUCAAGCCUUACAAGAACGAGUACGAGUAUGCCGCCUAUGGAUACAACGUCGGCUGCAACAAUCUUGGUGAUUAUCCCUUCCCCAUGGACCCGGUGUACUACCCGAACGCGAUCUGGUAUACCAUGCCGGGCGCUUGUCCGAACAAUCUCUAUUACAACAAGGACAACUCCUGUCAGGCCAGCCAGCCAGGAGGCUACUGCCCAGGGGUGGAGCCGAACGGCAACGGCACGUGUACCUGGAACUACGAGGAAGCCGGGGAGAUCAGUCUCGAUGAGUUGGUGGGCAUCAAGGACUAUGACUCUUGGAAAAAUGGCUACCGGGAGUAUGAUCCGGAAACCGACGAAGGUGUGAAAUUCAGUUGGUGGAAUGGAAUUAACAGCACCUCUGCCAACGAGGAGCGUGUGAAGCAGGCUUCUGAUCUUUUUGACAAGAAGUUCCCAUCCAUGCCGACGGUUGCCGAGCUGACCAACCCUCCGUGCGACUUUGACUUCGGCUACUUCUACAAGGAGUGGUACCGAAAGGACGGCUACAGCGGACCCUGCGGACCCCCCAAUGCAAAAUGCAAGGGUGGAAUUGGCUGGAUUCGCCACGACGGCCUCAAGCAGCAUCCGAAGUGGUACGUUCCCCUCACCUCUUCGGCCAGCGAUGAUGACAUCCAGCGCUUGUUGUACCAGCUAGGAUCCAUUGUUUCCCAUGUCCUUGCCCUUGCCUAUCUCCUGUCCCCGGCGAGCCCGCUACGUUGCCUGCGCAUCAGCCUCGGGGAGGUUGGCGGCACGACAAGCCACUUGGAGUCCUGCCUUGGGCAGGCAAGUUUGUAUUCCUACAUGCAAGACAACUUUGCCGAGUAUGAGGGUCUUUGGAAGGGAGCGGGUCGUCACGACCACGUGGGCAAAAUGAACGCCAUCCCGAGACAGCGUAUCUGGCUGCAUCAUGAGGAUGGGCGCGUCUUUGAGUUUGACGAGAUGGGCAAAGGGGAUGCGCAUGGCUUCUUCUUCUAUAGCAGGGGACACUACAAGAUCUAUUAUGACAUCGGCGAGUUGGAAUGGAUCCGAGAGAAAAAGCAUCAAGCUAAGGAGGGAGGUCAAAACGGUUCCCAACCUGCUCUCAGAAGCGGGGCGCGAGGUCUGUCGGAGUUCGCUAGCAGCGCCAGCAGCGUUGCCGGAUCGAAACAAGGAGCCAGGAAAGCGAAGCGACCAACACCUCGAGCACAGGAUGCUCGCGGAGGGGCCAGAUGCCUUUCCGAUUUCGCCAGCAGCUGCGAGGUGCAACCGAAGCGAGCGCUGACGGACUUUGCUUCUUCCAAGAAAGCUUCAUCCUCGGGUGGCAAAAAGCGCAGAUCUUCCAUGGAGUAUUGA